AUGAGCGCAACACCAACUAUACGUGGUUUGCUGGUAGAUGACUGUUCUCGCUGUCAGCAUUAUCAUAGUGAACUGGACAUUGUAGCAUUACGCUGUCUUGCGUGCAAAGAGUUUUACGCUUGUUUUACUUGCCAUAACACUCUGGAAUCUCAUCCUUUUGAGCCAUGGAAGGAAACACCAAAUAUGUUCCCUGUUUUGUGUGGAGCAUGCAAAUAUAGCUUGACAAAGAACGAAUAUCAGCAAGCCAGCAGUUGCCCAAAUUGCAAGCGACCAUUCAACCCGAAUUGCCAAAUGCACAAAAGCUAUUACUUUGCAUAA